CGCAGGUUGAGGAGGAGCUAAUCUUUCACAGCAUCACUUUGCAAUCUAGGGAGGGGAGGCUGCCUAUGGGAAACCUGCUGUUCUAGGCGUGAUGCAGAUGAAGCCAGGGAUGCUUCCACCUUCUGAGCUCUCCGUCCUCGGGCUCUUUGCUCCCUGUAGUAACAGGUUUAAAAAAAAAAAAUGUCAGGCAAAAGUGUGGGGUCUUUGCUAUUGGCAGACAUCUGAUACUGGUGGGAGUGGGGAGGAGGCUCUACUCUUUCCCAUCCCCAUGUGGUGUAGUUGAUGACUGCACAUUUUGGGGUGGGAGAAUGAAUUCCUCACCUGAUUAGUUAUGUUCCCCACUGUGCUCCAAUAAUUACUGCUCUGGUCAGCCAGGACAUUAGCUUGGGUGUUGCUACUAUAAUGACCAGCAGUGGAAAAAGUUAAGUGUUGAUGUUCUAAAUGGUUGUUAUUAGGAGACAGCAGGUGGCUGAGGUAAUAUUGUUUAUUGGACCAACUUCUGUUGGUGAAGGAGACCAGCUUUCAAGCUGGUUCCCCAGACCUGAAAAAGACCUCUGUCUAAAUGUUGAAGCUUGUCCGUUUCACCAACAGAAGUUGGUCCAAUAAAAGAUAUUACCUCACCCACCUUCUGUUUCCUAUCUGGGAACCAACCUAUCUACAACAACACUGCAGAUGAUCAAGAUAACAGAUGGUUCACACCUCACAGUUGUUGGAGACUGCACAGGCAGGCAGGAUGAACUGUGAUUUACAUGGGAAAUAUUUAUUCCCACACAGAGGCUGGAAAUGUAACAGCUUUUUAAAGGCAAGCCUAUAAGCUGAAACACAAUUCUCCAGCCAAUUAUAAAGUUCAGAGAGCCAGAGUAUAGUUCAUCUAUAUCCUAUGGUGUGUGGAUCUGCCAUGACUCCUUGACAGGUGCCAGAGCCUUUCAGUGAAACUUGAGUAUGCUCAUGCCCCAUAUUUCAUGCAUCAUAGCUAAAUCCACCAUUGUUUUCUGUUUGUGAAGAUAGCAGUCAGGAGAAACUUUUCAUGCAACAGCAUUUAAUAUGAUCAUGCUCCAAUGAAGGACAAAACAAAGAUAAUGAUUUAACAGGACUUUCCUUUAGUCAUGAUUGUGAGAAACACAUGCUUCCUUGGCUAGUUGUAUCCUAUGUGAGUCAUGAUAUGCCAUAGACACAGGUCAACUGUAACCAAAAAAUAUCACUUGUGACUUAAAAUGCAGUCGGAGAAUGUAGAAGAUAAUGUGAUUUGAAAACAAAACUAUUUCAACAUCAGUGGUUAUCAAAUGAGCGAUGGAUUUCUGUAUAUAGUACGUUAGCUGAAGUACUAUACCCUGAAAACAAAUACAGACUUUAUAAUUCUAUUUUAGGGAUAUUGUGGAGUCAUUGACUAGCCAUUGACUUUUGUGGUUUAUAGUGUUCCUCAAAACUUGUUGACCUCAAGUCAACUGUCCUCCUUGCUUCCUACCCCAAUCCUUUCCCUUCAGUGUUUCUUCUCCCUUACUUUCUAUUUAGGUAAUUCUUAUUUACCAAUCCCUGUGAUUUUUAUUUAAGUUAAACCAAAACAAUCAUGGCAUUAACAUGAUGUUUGACAACCAUCACAUUAUUCACGCUGCUUAUAUGCUAUAUCCCUUUUCUCUCAACCUUUUGUCUGGCUUGUCUAUUUACGUUGCAAGCUCUUCAGGGCAGGGAUUGUCUCUUAUUCUGGAUCCCGCUCUUGAUUGGUUUCCAGGGACAAUUGGAGUACAUUAUUCCUUACAUAUCCCUAUUAUCGUACAGCUGUCUCUUAUUCCCUCUCUUUUAGCUUUGUGCCCUCUGCCAUGGUGUCUUACUAUGGCUGAAAAAAUAUCUCUGUUGUCCUUUGGCAUCUUUUCGCGCUUUCAAAUUAACUUCUUAAAACCCAUCUCUUAAAGCAACCCUCUCCCAUUUUGUAAUGACCGACACUCUCUCCCCUUUUCCUGACCUGGUAUCCUACGUUGGUUUAAUCUGUUUUAGAUUGAGGUCUUGAGCAAGUGACAUGUCUUAUCAAUGUUUGGUAAAGUGCCGUGUAAAUUAAUGGUGCUGUAUAACUAUGAUAUAUGGUCAGGGAAAGCACAAACACUAUCAUGUUGCAAAGGUACAAUUUCAUAGUGCUUGUCCUAGAGGAGUUCUAAAUUUAUUUCACACUAACAGCCUCACUGUAUUGUAUAAAUUGGUGCACGAGAGAUCCAUUCAUUUAACAUCUCGGACAGUAAUUCAGUUUGGUCCUGAGUACAUUAGUAAAUAUGUUGAAAUAAUUUUAUGUAUUGGUUUAGAUAGAGAUUAAACUCAGAGUUGUAUAAAAUAUUCACAGGGUGAUUUCCAAAGAAAUUUUAUGAGGUUUCAGAUCAUAAAUUUCUAUCUCCAGUAGAAUUCAAAGUAUAUUCUGCAAAUGAAGGAGAAAUGUAUAGCCUGAAGUAUCAGAUUUUUUCUUAAUAUGUAAAGUGCAGGCUUUGAGAACUGAUAGCGGUCCCUGCAUCAGCCUGAUUGAGAUUUGGCUGAGGAACACUGUAAGGUUCUAAAACCUGCAGGUCAGCUGUCACAAGUGCGGUGGAAAGAUAUUCUCAAAAAUACAUGGAUGUCUGUGUAAAAAAACAUAGUGCUACCACAAUUUUUAUAGUUCAUUAUGGAUAAUGUCUUAUCUUCCAAUUCCAAUUUUAGAUUCUGCCUCAGAGGAAAUAUGGUCUAGUUAUGGUAGUCAGGAGACUUGGGUUAUAUUCUUCAGUCUGUCACUAGUUUGCUACAUAACCUUGGAAAGUCCCUUUAUUUAUCUAUAACUUAAUUUCCACAUAUAUAAAAUGGGAAUAUUCCCUACCUUUGGAAAGUACUUUGAGAUCUUCAGCUAAAAGAUCAAAAUGUGUCUUCUGAUAGCCUGCCUUGCCUUCAUCAGUUCCAGCGAGCACUUGAAUCCUGCCCUCACUAAUAUCUGUGAACUCCAGAAGAAUCUACAUAAGAGCAAUACCCUAGAAGAAAUGCCUUUAUAAAGCUACAAAUCCAUUUCUUUGAUUGGACAGAAGUAAUUUCUGAAGUGACCCAUAAUGUCCACAAGUAAUAAGUGAAGGCAUGAGGCAUUCUCCAAAACAUAAAAUUUCAUAAAAUUUUUCCCAAAAUGGGAGAUCUGUCUCUUCUCCAGCAGCUGCAUAGGGAUGUGCUGGUAGGCACUCCUUUAACAAAGAACAGCCAGGAUUAUGCUGCUUUCCUCAAUCCGCAUGUUUCACCACAAGAUUCAUCCACAAGAGUUAAUGAGUCACAUAAUCAAAUAUGCCCAGAAUCUCCUAACUGGGGCACUUGGAGCCAUCAGGACUCUGCUGUUUCAGAUGCACCUGCCCUUGUGACAGAUGAUAAAUCUGAUAGCUUUGCAAACACGAGCUCUUCAAUGUUCUGUUCACGGGAAAUGAUACUGCUACAGUUAACAUUGAUCAAGAUGAUGAUUGCCAAAGUACAGUCCCAGGAAACUGAAUUCAGCAUAAGACAGAAGUACCUUGAUAUAAUAACAAUUCUUCUGAAAGAGACAAAAAUUGAUUCAAAAUUAAUUUGUCUAUGCAAUAGUUCUGAUAAACUAUUGUCUCACAUGGCUUCAAAAAGUAUAGCCUCCCUUAUAUAUUUCCAACUAAAGAAAGAGAAUACAUUUAAUGUCACCUGGCUCACUUUUUGUUUGAAGACUCUGUCAGAAUUCCCUAAGAGUGAUCAAGUAGCAGAAUGUCUAUGGAUUCUUAGAGCUAUUAUUAGAGACAUUUUGAAAGAUAAAGAUUUGCACAAAGCAGAUAUCCUGAAAAAGGUUUUCACUCCUCUUGAUACUGUACUUGAAGGAUUUUACAAUUCCAUUUUGUCUCAUCGUUUUAACAGCUUCCAGGAUACUUCACUAUAUUCUAAAGCUGCAAACAACUUGAUCGGAUUCAUAGAUUUUCUUGAAGUUCUUGUGGCCUCAAGAAUCCAAAUAGAGUUACAUUUCAAAUGCCAAAGAAUUUUAUUUUUGAAUACUUCUUGCAUCUUGGACCUUACUUAUUCAUCAGUUCAUUAUUUAAUCAAGAAGAAGUCCAUUAUGCUCCUCAAAAAAUGCAUCCUUUAUAAAGCUGGUGAAGAUUUCAUAAGUGGAUCAUUACCCCCUUUAUCCCUACAGGAUCCUUAUUUGGAUAAGGAUAUGUUAGCGCUGGCUAAUGUUGUUUUGCAAGCUGUGAAUUUGGGGUGGCUGAAUCAAAUACCUGUUUCUGAAAAAGCCAGCUAUUUUGGAGGCAGUGAAGCUCAACCUGAAGAUGGCAUCCGCAGUGGUCCUGACCAAGUAAUCCUCAGAGCCUUAAGUUUGGUUUUACUUAAAGCUUUAGAGAUCAAGGUGCAGAACUCUACUAAAGCAGCUGAAAUAAAAGCAGACUUGCAGAGUUUCAUGUCCCGGUUAUUGAUAUUCUUGAAGAAACAUCUGAAGUCUUCUCCACAUUUUCAUUCAAAUGUACAUCCUUGUGAGUGGCUUUCCAUGGUCUUUAUAGAACAAGAUGAUGACAUGCUGGAAGCUGCUAAAUCUUUGUUAACGGUUUAUUUAAAGUUUGAUAGGUUAUGGCAUGAUGCUGCUGAUAACUUGUGCCUUGCAGCAGAAGACGACGAAACCUGGAUUUGCCUGACACAUGAGAGUGGCUGUAAUCCUCACUGUAUCUUUUUAUUUUUCCUAAAAAGUAUUGCGUUUGAUUCCACAGUUCUUCUUGACUUUUUGAUUUCAUCAGAAACCUGCUUCCUUGAGUAUUUUGUAAGAUAUUUAAAACUUCUUAGAGAAGACUGGCAUCAUUUUGUCAACAUCUCUAACUGCUUUGAUAUUGCGUCUAAAAGAGGUGUGUGUGUUUCUUUUGUCACCUCAUCCCACCAAGAAAAAAAAACCUGUCUGACAGAUUUAAGUUUGGAGAAUGCUUGUUGUGAUCCAGUACAACACACUCUGGUAUCUUUGGCUUCUUCCCAGAAGCCUUCUGUACCCAUGGAACAGCAAGGUGAUGACCAAGUUGUAAAACCCAACAAGUCUAACUCAUUGAUAUGGACUGAUAACACAUCUGCAUUGGAUUGCCUUCAAAGCCUUGUUAAUUAUGACAGUUCAGAAGAUUCUGAAUUGGAAUCAGUGGGAAAGGAGUGUUUGGCAAACAUGAAGCAGAUGCCUUCAAACAAUCAAGGCAGUACAAAGAUAAGGGAAACUGUUUGUAUGGACGUACAUGCCAAACCCCAUACACUUGAACCUAAAGUGUUGCCCCUGAAACAAAAAAGUUCUAAUCCCUUGUCACUCGGGGUAUGUAAUAUGUCUCCAAAUAACCCUGUGCCUGUAGAAAGAAUGCUUCUCAAAUCAAUGAAAUGUCUGGAAGAACUGCAAAAAGCAAUUUCUAGGUUACAGAGAAGAAACCUUUUCCCAUACAACCCAGCUGCAUUGUUGAAACUGUUGAGUCACAUUGAGACAACCAAUAAAAGCAUGAAUCUACUAUAAGACAAUGAAGUGCUAUUGUUGACAUUUUGAAGUGAUUUCACACUAGUAUGUGAUGGAAUGUUUCCACAAGAAGAGUGUACAUGCUCAGAGAUACAUUCCUUUUGGACCUAUCAGCGUGUUUAGACCAAGCAGGCUCAACGGGCUGCCAACUGACACUUUGAAAAGACAAAUCUGCAGCGGUGUUUAAGUACUCAACCUGUUUCAUGGUCCCAAACUUAUUUAUGGUACAUAUGACAGAGUCAGGGUGAGUUACUGGGUAUUAGCAAAUUUAACAAUAAAUUGGUUAUUCACAGAAAGACAUAAUAAAGUACUUCCACUUGAA